GGCUUUUGGGCGAUGACGUCCUAUUAAGGCGACUUGACCGCGCGAACCUAAAUGUGGCGGUUGUUUCUCGUAGCUGGUAACUGUUAAAUACCGACUCGACUGUUGAGCCAGGCAUGUUUAGUCCCCGCAGCGCCCCGGGCUCCGGCCGCCGGCAGCAGGGCAGGCCCGGCGGGAGGAAGAGCGUCUCCGGAGCGGCCAGCAGCCUGCUGUUCUCCCCGCGCAGGACGCCUCUGUCGGCGAGGUCAACACCCACGCGAGUCCAGAGCCACGGCACCGCGGACUCCGUCAGCUACGAUGUGCAGACCUUCGGCUCCUCGCUCCCCGUUAAAGUGAUGGAGGCUCUGACGAUGGCAGAUGCUGAUGAUCAGACCUCGGUGAAGGUGGAUGAGAGCGGCUGGGCCUGGAUGGUUUGUGGAGAGAGACUCAUUAUCUGGAAAAUCGGCCAAACCGCUGUGGCCAAGCUGUCGGUGUGUAAAGAGCUGCAGCUCCCCAGCAGCGAGUACAACUACACGGCCGACCUCGUGGCCGUGGCGUCGGCUGCACCUCUGGACACGGCCCCUCUUCAGUCCAUCUCUGUCCUGGCAGUGGCAGCAGAGGGCACAGCCCGGUUCUGGCUCAGCCUCGCACAGGAGGGAAACUACACAGACACAGAUCUGGACCUGGGACAUCUCUGCAACUUUGUUGUUGCUGUCAGAGGUGAGAGCUUUGUGGUGUCCUCAGCCAAGAGUCAGCUGCUGAGGGCGAGUGCAGAUUGUUCAGGAAAGCUGCAGGUUCGAGCUCUGCAGCAGGGUCAAGGCAUGUUGUCGGGCAUCGGACGCCGUGUCUCCAGCCUGUUUGGCAUCCGCUCCCCGUCGGCCAGUGACACACUCCAGUCUGUGCUGUGGGCGGGUGCAGCCAGCUGCCUCUACACGCUGACCAGCUCCAGUCUGAACAAAUGGGAUGUGAACGACAGAUGGGAGAACCAGGUCCUCAGCUGGGACGCCCGCAGAGCUCUGACUGAGAGCAUCGCUGACUCCAUCUGGGGAUCAGAGAGCAACUAUAAUGAGAUGAAGGAGGGAGUCAAUGUGGCGUAUCUGGACGUGAAGCUCAGCCAAGCCGGUCUGGUGGUUUUGGCUGCAGCCUGGCACCCGGCGGACACUCCCUGCCUGGCUUACUUCUGCCUGGUCACCCUGCAGGACCACGGCGCCACCGUCUCAGAGCAGUUCACCGUGGAGGUCACAAAGUACAACCCUCCUUUCCAGAGUGAGGACGCCCUGCAGGCCACACGGUUGGUGCUGCCUCCUGCUCCCGGCUCCACCGCCUUCCUCUACAACGAAGAGCUGGUGUUCGCCUGCUCAACAGGAGCCAGCAGGGCCGCGCUGCCUGAUGAGAAACUCAGCUUUAACUCACCCGGCGACGGCAUUCGUGGAGGAGGCUGCUGCUCCAACCUGCCGGUGUUUUUCUCCCAGAACAGCGGCCUGGUGGCGGUGGUGCCAAGAGAGAGCGCCUCCAUCCUUCCAGAGACCAUGGAGGACUCUCUGUGCUCGUCCCUGGCUGCAGCGCCGGAGGUUUCAGCCAUGGAGACUCCGUCCAGAGCAGAGCCUGUAGCUCAGGAGGACAAAACCAAACUCCUGAAGGCCGCCUUCCUGCAGUUCUGUCGUAAUGACCUGGUGGGAGCACAGACUGUCACAGAUGAGCUCUUCCCCACCGACGGUGAUGGAGACCAGGAACCCGAGCUGGACACUGUGGUGACUCAGAUCAACCUGGACCUGGUGGACGAUUACCCGGCCUCGGACCCCCGCUGGGCUGAGUCUGUCCCCGAUGAGGGCGCAGGCUUUCCUCUCACCUCCCUCAUCAUCCUGCACCAGCUGGAGGACAAGAUGAAGGCCCACAGCUGCUUCAUGGACUUCCUGCUACAGGUGGGUCUCCUGGACCGGCUCAGCUGUGUGACGGUGCGCUCGUCUCCCAUGGCAACGCGCCUGCUGCUCUGUGAGCACGCUGAGAAGCUGCAGGCAGCCAUGGUGCUGAAGAACCACCACGCCAAGCAGUCUGAGCUCGUCAACCGGGUCAUCAGCUCGGCGCUGCAGAGGAACGGCGCCGCCGUGCCGCCCAGCCUCACCGCCGCCGACGUCUUCUUCAGAGAGGUGUCUCAGAUCUCCUCAGUGUUCGAUUGUCUGCUGGAGGAGGAGGAGCGGAGCCUGAAGGAGAACCCCAUGGAGUCGGUGCAGUGGGCCCAGGUGGUUCUCACCGUCAACAACAUCAUCAAGGACAUGCUUCAGGCUGCGGGUCAGUACAGAGAGACCAAAGCCUCUAUGUACAGAGCUUCUGAAAAUGCUCCUGCAGAGCCCGAGUACAUCCCAUGGACAGCGUCAGGAGGUGUCGGUGGCGUUCGCAGCGUCCUCUCUCGCCAACACGAGCUCAUCCUGCGCUGGGUUUACCCUCACGCUGACUCGGAGCUGCGCGGCGCCCUGUGUGAGCAGCUGGUGACGCUGCUGGACAUCUACCUGGGCGGCUACGUUGCCCAGCUGAGCUCCCUGCAGCAGCAGAGGCCCCCGGGGGCCCAACAGGAGCGCUACAACAGCCUGGAGAUGGAGUACGGCCAGCGGCGGUCCGAGCUGCUGGCGCCGCUCCUGGAGCUGGGUCAGUACCAGUGGGUGGCCGCUCUGGCAGAGAAGUACUGUGACUUCGACAUCCUGGUGCAGAUGUGUGAGAAGACUGACAACCAGAGCCGCCUGCAGCACUACAUGGCCAAGUUCGCUGACCAGAACUUUGCCGACUUCCUGUUUCGCUGGUACAUGGAGAAGGGGAAGAGAGGGAAGCUGCUGUCCCAGCCGGCCGCGCAGCACCAGCAGCUGUCCAGCUUCCUGCAGGCUCACCAGCACCUGAGCUGGCUGCACCACAUCAACGUGCACGACUACCGAAGCGCCCACAGGACGCUCUACAGCCAGGCCCACAUGGAGACAUGCUACUUCGUUAAGAAGAAGACGCUGCUGGCGCUCAGCAAACUGACGGCGCUGGCGUCCGACCUGCCAGAGGACCAAGUCAACAAACAAGUCGAAGACAUCGUGGAGCAGGAACGUUUCCUGCUGCAUCAGGAGACUCUGCCUCGACAGCUGCUGGAGGACAAACAGCAGAACCCCGACACCAUGCCGCUGCUCAGCACUCACAACCUCAUACAGUUGUACAUCUGUGACGAUAACAGAGGCGCCAACGAGUACGACUUCAAAAAGGCUCUGGAUCUGCUGGAGUACAUCGACGAGGAGGACGGCGUGGACAUCGACUCGCUGAAAUGUGAGGUUUUGGCCAAAGCACUGCGGAGAGACGACUGGUCUGUUGCCGACGGGAAUGAUGAUCCGCUGGAAGCUGCCAAAGACAGCAUCUUUGUUAAGAUCCUCCUCAAACUCAUCCAGGAAGGCGUUUCCCUGCAGACGUACCUGCCUGACGUCAGGGAACUGCUGGACUCAGACGAUCUCAGCAGUUUGAAAUCAAAACCUUACUUUGAAUUUGUGCUUCGAGCCAAUUACGAACAUUACCUCCAGGUCCAGAUGUGAAGUCUCUGCUCUGCUUCUUUCACAUUAUUGUUGUGUAGUAAUGACUUUUCUAAAUAAAUGUUUUUUUUUUUUCAUUA